AUGUCAGCCAGAAAGGGCUAUCUGCUCCCUUCGCCAAAUUAUCCCACAACAAUGUCAUGCUCGGAGAGCCCUGCCGCGAACUCUUUUUUGGUCGACUCGCUCAUCAACUCAGCCAGAGGCGAGGCGGGUGGCGGUGGCGGUAGCGCGGGGGGCGGCGGAGGCGGCUACUACGCCCACAGCGGGGUCUACCUGCCGCCAGCCAGCGACCUGCCCUACGGGCUGCAAAGCUGCGGGCUUUUCCCCGCGCUGGGCAGCAAGCGCAAUGAAGCGCCAUCGCCCGGAGGCGGUGGCGGUGGCGGCAGCGGGGGCCUGGGUCCCGGGACGCAUGGCUACGCGCCCGCGCCCCUAGACCUGUGGCUGGACGCGCCCCGCUCCUGCCGGAUGGAGCCACCCGACGGGCCGCCGCCACCGCAGCCGCCACCCCAGCAGCAGCCGCCGCCCCCGCCGCAGCCGCCCCAACCCCCGCCACAGGCCACAUCGUGUUCUUUUGCGCAGAACAUCAAAGAAGAGAGCUCCUACUGCCUCUACGAUUCUGCGGACAAAUGCCCCAAAGGCUCGGCCGCCGCCGACCUGGCCCCUUUCCCGCGGGGCCCGCCGCCCGACGGCUGCACCCUGGGCGCCUCCAGCGGAGUGCCAGUGCCGGGCUACUUCCGCCUGUCCCAGGCCUACGGCACGGCCAAGGGCUUCGGCGGCGGCGGCGGCGGCGGCGGCGGCGGCACACAGCAGCUCGCCAGUCCUUUCCCUGCGCAGCCCCCGGGGCGCGGCUUCGACCCGCCGCCCGCACUGGCCUCGAGCUCAGCCGAGGCAGCCGGGAAGGAGCGAACCCUCGACUCCACGCCGCCGCCCACGCUGGUGUGCGCCGGUGGCGGCGGCGGCGGAGGCUCGCAGGGCGACGAGGAGGCGCACGCGUCAUCCUCGGCGGCUGAGGAGCUGUCCCCGGCCCCUUCCGAAAACAGUAAAGCCUCGCCGGAGAAGGACUCCCUGGGCAAUUCCAAAGGCGAAAAUGCAGCCAACUGGCUCACGGCAAAGAGCGGCCGGAAGAAACGCUGCCCCUACACGAAGCACCAGACGCUGGAACUGGAGAAGGAGUUUCUAUUCAACAUGUACCUUACUCGAGAGCGGCGCCUAGAGAUCAGCCGUAGCGUCCACCUCACGGACAGACAAGUGAAAAUCUGGUUUCAGAAUCGCAGGAUGAAACUGAAGAAAAUGAACCGAGAAAACCGAAUCCGGGAGCUCACAGCCAACUUUAAUUUUUCCUGA